AUGACUAAUCCCAUCCCCAUCGUCGUUAUAAUGGGCCCCACAGGGGUCGGCAAGACCCGGCUGAGCGUCGAGAUAGCCGCUGCGGUCGACGGCGAGAUCAUCUCCCUCGAUAGCAUACAGGCGUACCGCGACUGCCCCAUCAUGGCUGCGCAAGUGACCAAGGAAGAAAUGAAACAGAUCCCACACCACCUUGUGAACCACCUGGACGCGGCCGAGGAGCCAUCUGCAAGUGAUUUCGUCCGAGACGCGCUGGAAGCGGUCCGGGAGAUAGACGGCCGCGGCCGUGUGCCCAUCAUCUGCGGCGGCUCGACCUCGCUCACCAAGCCGCUACUCUUCCACCCUUUCGUCCAGGCGCAAAAGGUCCUGCCCAUAGCGUUGACCGCGGACCUGGACUUGAUCAAAACCCUCUGCGAUGGCCGGAUCGAGCAAAUGGUACGCGACGGUCUGUUGAGCGAGGUCGAACGAAUGUUCAAGUUGGAGUGCAAAAUGGGCUUGUACGACAGCCCCGUCCGCCGCGGCGCCUGGAGAUCUAUCGGCUACCCCGAGCUGCGUGGGUGGUGCGACGCCAAGACUGCCGGGGCCGACGACAAGGCUGCCCAGGCACUGGAGCGUGGCCUGCAGCUGAUGAAGCAGAAUACGCUGCGUUACGCCGAGACGCAGCUGCGUCUGCUGUGGGAUAAUAUCAUCCCGGCCUCGCCAAAUGUCUAUGGGAAAUGUCUGGUCUUUACCGUUGUCUCGCGAGAGAGGUUCGCUGAUGAUGUUGAGCAGCCGGCUGUUCACAGCUGUAAGCAGUGGCUGCACAAGUUCAGGCAGGCCUCUCUUUCGGCAAAGCUGGUGGCGAAAUCGGGGUCGACGAAUAGUGUGGCUAUUGGGGUUUGA